AUGGAGUCAUAUUCAUAUAAAAUGUAUUCUUCUUCUUUCUCUAGUUCAAGUUCUUUUGCUGUUCAUCCACAAGAAGAAAAGAAAGAAAAACCAUAUAAUUCUUCUCUCCGUAGAGUUCGCAGCCUUCCAUCAAAACCAAUCACCAAGAAACCCAUAGCUCCAUCUCUACCAAUUCCCCCUAAAAUCUAUAGGGUGGAAGCUGUUAAUUUCAGAGAAGUUGUCCAAAUGCUAACCGCAGCACCUGAAUUUCAAUCCCACUCCAAUUCCCCCUCUGGCUUCAGCUCUAGGCGUUUACAAGAGGUCGCACCUCCUCCUCUUGAUCUCUCACCAACCUCAUUAACAAGUAACAACAAUACUGCUGGGCAAUUGAAAGAGUUUCCUUCCUCCUUCCUCCUCCAAAAUUGA